UUAUUUUGAAGAAAAUAUUCAACAAAUUCUUAUUUUUGUUGCAGAUUUAUAUACUUAUUUUUAUAUGUUCAAUUAUAUUUAUUAUUUUCUAUGCAUUUAUCGUAAAACAAAUGCGUAUAGACGUAGCUAGCAUAGAUCACUGCGAAACGCACGCUCUAUCAAAAAAAGAUAUACAUAUGAAAAAUUGAAAAAUAUGCGUCUAGUAACACUAAUUAUAUUAACCCAAUGAAACCAUCUUUAUGUACGCGUAAAGGGAAUAACUAAACAAUAAUACGAUAGUCGCAUAGUGGGGUCAGCGUUCCCUAUUUGUAUUCGUAGUUCAUAUUUUGUCCAUACCUAUCGUUGAAGUCACAUAUGCUUUGAACAAAAGGUAGAGAACACCCUUAAUAUAGAUUUCUUGAUAUUUUCUUCGAGCACAUAUAUUGUUGAAUUUUAGUUUUUAAUUAGCUACUAAAUGUUGCUGUUUAUAAAAAAAAUAUAGUUUAUGUAUAUACGUAUACAAAAAUAUAGAGGAAAAAUAUUAUUCAUUUUAAACAAAAAUAAAAUUUUGUCUUUCAACAAGAUUUUUUAUGUAAAAUUUGUACUAUGGAUCAGAAGAGAGAAUUUUUCAACGGGUUCUUUUUAUUUGUUCAGCUGCACUACGUAUUUUAUAGUGGUGCUUCCAUUGAUUACUUCAUCGUCGUGUAAUUCGUUAGUCUGUUCGGUGUACUUCUACUGAUGUCAUGUUCAUUGGUUUCCUCUUUGUUCGUGGUGUAUCUUUUCAUGGCGUUUUAAUGCCCCAAACAUAACUUUGAUUGAAAAUCGAUCAUGCCAAAAAUUAUUUGAUGAAAAACGGCCAACAAAUUAUAAUCAUGAACGAAUAAAGACACUGUAUUAUACUUCAUUUUAUUAUUUUCUACAUGUAUGCAUGCUGAAUAAAAGAGUUAUUCCGGCUAUUUAAUCAACAGAUUAUUUUAUUUUAUUGAGAUAUUAUUUGAGAAAAAAUGGAAAAAAAUACUCAUUAUAUAGAGACUACAUUUAUGAAAUAUGAACAUCCAAAAUAUUUGUGGUCUGUCGAAGAAUUCUUUGAUGAUACAAUAAAAAUAUCACCCAUGUUUCUAUUGCCAUCUUGUUCAUAUGCAGUCACAAUGAUGUAUCAAAAUGAUGAUCUUAUUCUGCAAUUUGAUUUUAAGAAGAACCAUUAUGGUGGAUAUUUAUUUGUUAUAUGUAAUAUAUUACAUUUAGAACAAGCAAGACAGAUUAUAGAUAAGACCCAUAAAAUAAUCAAAUAUGAAGAUCUGAUGUUAGAUGAAGAAGAAUUUGAUGUGUCACUUGAAGUCACUCAUAUAUUUCCUGUGACUAAACAAUUGCCCAAUUUCAAGUUAAAACAAUUACCAACAAUAAUGAGACAUAUAACUUCAUUGCAAAGUAAUUCAGAAUUAAGUGACCUAUCAAUUUAUGUUGAAGAUUCAGUGUUUCCUGUGCAUAAAUGUAUACUUGCAGCACAUAGUCCUAUAUUUAGAAACAUGUUCACAAUUGGAAUGAAAGAACAAAAAGAUAAGAAAAUUUAUAUAACUAAUAUAGCAAAAGAAACAUGUAACUCUAUGUUGUCUUAUAUAUAUACUAACAAAUUUAAUGAUUUAGAUAAUAUUGCAAAUAAUCUUAUUUUUAUAGCUGACAUGUAUAACAUACAAGAUUUGGUAGAAUUAUGUAAAGAAACUUUAAUCAAGAGCAUGAAUGUAGAAAAUGUGUUUGACACUCUUAUUAUUGCAGAUAACUUACAUAUAAAAGAUCUAGAAUUACACUGUCUUCAAUAUAUAUCAAAAAACAGGAAAAAUAUUAAUUCAAAGAAGAAAUAUGAAGACAUAAAGAAAUAUUCAAAUAUAGUAAUCAAACUUGUGGAUUUCAUGAUGAACUGAAAAUACUUUAUUAUUUUAUCAAAAACUUAGUGUAUUAAAUUAAUAGAAAUAACUAAUAAAUUCUUAAUAAAUUCUUUUUUACUGUUUCAUA